GCCGUACAACCAGGCGUCUGCAGCGUCAAUUUUGUUCAACGCAGCCCUGUCUUAUGUUGGUGCUUGGUGUUGAUGGGCGCGCCGCUCAAGUGACCUUUUCGAUGGGGUACCGAUGAAAGCAGCACAAAUCCCAAUACCAGUGCGACUCGGGUGCUGUGUCAUCCACGCUACCAGUUUUCCGGCGCAGGGCCAGAGCACAAUGGUCCUGAGAGAGGGUGUACCUCCGCGUCAGGUGCUCGCCUCUCGACUCGAUGGCCUCAACCCAUUCACGAUGACUCUGGGAGCCUUGCGCGGGAUGGGGCGAUGGACAAGCGGAUGGACAUUGGAAGUGGCGAUGUUUAAAGCGACGUAGGCGAAAGCCUUGUCCUUAAAGCUGUAUAGCGGACGCUAUCCAUUUUCGAGAAAGCCAUACCCUCUAGCGCACCUUGGAUUGAGUCGU